AUGACAAAGGACCCGGCCUUCUCGGCUGUCAUCCACGACAAGCUGCAGGUCCCUAACACCACCCGGAAGGCCUGGAAUGACAGGGACAACCGCUGUGACAUUUGUGCGACGCACCUGAACCAGCUGAAGCAGGAGGCCAUCCAGAUGGUGGUGACCUUGGAGCAGGCGGCGGGCAGCGAGCACUACGACGGCUCCCCGGGCUCACCCCCACCCCUGCCCAGCAUCCCCGCGCUGGGGGGGUCCCGGCACGGGGGCGGGCUGCAGCCGCCCCGGGACUGGGCCUUCGUGCCCGUCUCCUACGCCUCCUCCAACUAUGCGGCCUUCGUCACCAGCAAGCACAACGGCAAACCCAACAGCCUCGGCGUCAGCAAUGGGGCCGAGAAGAAGAGUGUGUCCCCCACCCAUCAGGCCAAGGUCAGCCUCCAGAUGGCCACCAGCCCCAGCAAUGGGAACAUCCUCAACGCCGUGGCCAUCCAGGCUCACCAGUACCUGGAUGGCACCUGGUCCCUGUCAAGAACCAACGGGGUCACCCUGUACCCCUACCAGAUCUCCCAGCUGAUGACAGAGACGGGCCGGGAGGGCCUGUCCGAAGCUGCGCUGAAUCGCUACAAUGCAGACAAGCCGUCCUCCUCCGGCACCCCGGCCUCGCAGGGCUCCUGUGUGGCCACUGAGACCUCCACGGGCACCUCUGUGGCCGCGUCCUUCUUCGCAAGAGCUGCCCAGAAGUUGAAUCUGUCUUCUAAGAAGAAGAAGCACCGACCUUCCACUUCCGUGGCCGAGCCCCCGCUCUUCGGCACCAGCUUCAGUGGCAUCCUGCAGACCUCCCCGCCCCCCGCCCCGCCCUGCCUGCUGCGGGCGGUCAGCAAGGUGAAGGACACGCCGGGCCUGGGCAAGGUGAAGGUCAUGCUGCGCAUCUGCUCCACGCUGGCCCGCGACACCUCGGAGUCCAGCUCCUUCCUGAAGGUGGACCCCCGCAAGAAGCAGGUCACGCUGUCCGACCCCCUGGCGUGCGGAGGUCAAAGCGCCUUCCAGAAGAGAGGCAGCCAGGUGCCGCCCAAGAUGUUCGCCUUUGACGCGGUUUUCCCGCAGGACGCUUCUCAGGCGGAGGUGUGCGCUGGGACCGUGGCGGAGGUGAUCCAGUCCGUGGUCAACGGGGCGGACGGCUGCGUGUUCUGCUUCGGCCACGCCAAGCUGGGCAAGUCCUACACCAUGAUCGGGGAGAGACGACUCCACGCAGAGGCUGGGCAUCAUCCCCUGCGCCAUCGCCUGGGUGUUCAAGCUCAUCAACGAGCGCAAGGAGAAGACCGGCGCCCGCUUCUCCGUCCGCAUCUCGGCCGUGGAGGUGUGGGGCAAGGAGGAGAAGCUGCGGGACCUGCUGUCCGAGGUGGCCACGGGCAGCCUGCAGGACGGCCAGUCCCCGGGCGUGUACCUGUGCGAGGACCCCAUCUGCGGCACGCAGCUGCAGAACCAGAGCGAGCUGCGGGCGCCCACGGCCGAGAAGGCCGCCUUCUUCCUGGACGCCGCCCUGGCCGCGCGCCGGGGCCACCGGCAGGACUGCGACGAGGACGACCUGCGCAACUCGCACAUGCUCUUCACGCUGCACAUCUACCAGUACCGCAUGGAGAAGAGCGGGAAGGGCGGCAGUAA